AACUAUCCACCGCACCCAAACUCUAUAUAUACGUGUGUAUGUGGGUGUAUGAAGUAGUGCAUUGCAUUGCAGACUCUUCAGAUCACCCAUGGAGUUUGCUCUUGAAAUCCAAACACUUGUGUGGGCUUUAGCUCUGCUACUUCUCUAUAGUCUUAAGAGAAGCAUAGUAGAUAAUAACAAGAAAAAUAAGGUCGUCAAGAAAGUACCUGAGCCAUCUGGGGCAUGGCCGAUUAUUGGUCACCUUCAUCUCCUAGGCGGUCAAGACCCAAUUUGUAGAAUUCUUGGAGCCAUGGCGGACAAACUUGGACCAAUUUACUCACUCAGGCUCGGUAAUUAUCGAGCUCUGGUGGUGAGUAAUUGGGAGAUUGCCAGAGAUUGCUUCACAACGAAUGACCGAAUUUUGGCUACAAGACCAAGCAUCGCAGUCGGCAAGUACAUUGGCUACAACAAUGCCAUUUUUGCACUAGCACCUUAUGGCGAUUACUGGCGCGAUAUCCGAAAACUGGCCACUCUUCAGCUUCUAUCAAGCUCAAGACUUGAAACUCUUUACCACGUCAGGUCUUCGGAGAUUGAUGCAUUCAUUAAAGAUCUGUACAUUCGAAGUAAGGACAAUCAAACUCAUGUCUCAAUUGAUCAUUUGAUCGAACACAUGACGUUCAAUAUAAACUUGAGAAUGUUAACCGGAAAACGAUUCAAUGGUGAGGUAUAUGAUGACAAGAACAGCGAGGCCUCACGUUUCAAAAAGGCUCUAAAUCAAGCUUUGUUUCUCAGUGGGGUUUUCGUGGUGUCGGAUUUUGUUCCAUCUCUUGAGUGGAUGGAUUUUGGCGGCUACGUGAGCUCCAUGAAAAGUACUGCCAAGGAAAUUGACUCCGUAUUGGGGAAUUGGCUCCAAGAACGUCUUCAAAGAAGGAAGGAGGACAAAGAGGCUAGCAGUGAUUUCAUGGAUGUAAUGCUUUCAACACUCGAAGACGGUGAAAUAAUGUCUGGUCAUACACGCGAUACUGUCGUCAAGGCAACUGUACUGAUUCUUAUGAUGACAGGAACAGAAAGCACAGCUGUGACGCUAACAUGGGCUCUAUCACUACUACUGAACAACCCAACUGUUCUAAAGAAAGCUCAAGAGGAACUAGACAUCAAUGUAGGAAGACAAAAUUGGGUGCAAGAAUCCGACAUCAAGAAUCUCAAAUAUCUCCAAGCAAUUGUGAAGGAAACGCUACGAUUGUACCCACCAGGUCCCAUAACAGGACCACGCGAGGCCACGGAAGAUUGUUACAUUGGUGGCUACCAUGUCCCCAAGGGCACUCGCCUAAUCGUCGACAUAUGGAAAUUGCAACGAGACCCAAAUGUCUGGUCGAAUCCAACUGCAUUUGAACCAGAAAGAUUUAUGACCACUCAUGCAGGAAUCGAUGUCAGGGGUAGUAAUUUUGAGUACAUGCCGUUCAGUUCUGGAAGAAGAUCGUGCCCUGGUGUUACUUUUGGGCUCCAAGUCGUUCAACUGACUCUUGCGAGGCUGAUUCAGGGGUUUGAUUUAAGAACUGCGGUGGCUGGUGCGGAAGUGGAUAUGCGCGAAGGCCUGGGCAUCGCGUUGCCGAAAGUGGAGCCGGUGGAGGUUGUGCUCGAACCACGACUUGGUCCGGGGCUUUAUAAGUAAUGGCACAUCAAAAUGUAGCCGUUUAAAUAAGGUUUAAUUUGCCAUUAUGGAUAUGGUAUGGUUUCUUUCUGGUUGUCAAAAUUCAGUACUAGUGUCGGAGUCAAAAUUACAGUUUGUUCUGGAAGCUUGAUUUGAAACUUUAUUAAGUGAUCGUGCUAUAGAUUAAUUAUUGUCUAUGUA